AUGGCGGGCCCUAUCAUGAAGAACAGCGUGGACCUGAAGCUGGACAUGCGGACCUAUGGCGAUCCAAGCAACCCUUGCGUCAUCUCCAUCGUGGGCACCGGGGCAUCCAUGAAUUCCAUGAACCCCAUAGUAGAGGGCCUUGCCGAGCGGGGUCUCUUCGUCAUCAACUUCAACCCUCGGGAUGUUUGCGGAACUGAAGCUUUCCGGCAGUGCGAGGCGCUGGUUCCGGCGGACAAGAACUUGAUGGAGGUCAUGGGGACCCUCUUCGGUGCAGAUGGAAGCUUCAAUCUCGAAACGGACUUUUAUGUGCCCUACAAUUGGUACGAUAUGGCGGACGAUGUUGCGCAGGUCAUGGACGCUCAGAAGGUGUCAAAGCCAAGCAUCAUUGGCUUUAGCACCGGUGGCGGCAUUGCACAGGUGGCGAUGUGUAGGUUGCAAGAGCGCCUCAGCUCUGCCGUCAUUUGCAGCUCCGUCUAUGACCUGACGCCUUCCGAAAACCCCUUGGAGAACCCAGCCCUGAAAGAAAACAUGGCGAAAGUGGCGACCUUGACACCAGAGUCAUCCAAGGAAGAACGGGUGGAGAUGCACUUGCCGUUCUUCAAGACUCUGUUCGAAGUCUCUGAGGGGGACCCGAGAGAGGACAUCCUCAGAAAGGCCAUCGUGGACGACUGCGAGAAGGGCUGGGUGGACGUGUUCGGGGGUAUGAACCCCUUCUCCACGCUGGCCUGGGCCGGUUUCGCCAAAACUCACGAGGAGCACAAGGCGAGGCUCAGGGAGAACAAGGUGCCGUGUCUGGUUGUUGCCGGAAAGAGCGACCCGCUCAUACCCUUCCGUGAUGUGGAAAAACUGGCGGCAAAUACGGGCUCCGCAGCUUUUCUGGCGCACGAGAACGGGCAUAUUCUGGGCCCGGCGACAAGCAAUGCAGAGAUGCUGAAUGCCAUAGCAGACUUUAUCCGGAGCAACUCCGCGAUGAUUGCUUGA